GCUACUCCCCUCGCAAGGCCUGCAUACUGUCGGAGCUGCUACGGCAGGCGGCUUUCAAGAUGUUCGGACGCAUUGGUGGCCAGGCUUUUCGAUUUUCCGUGCGCAGGCCCGUCGCGCGGAGGAAACUCUGUGAGCGCAAAUUCUCGGCCUACACGGCGAACACUGCUCCCAGCACCACUGGUCUUUCGACAGCCUCGCCUCUGGGGACUAUUACGGCGGAGCUGGAUCGGGUUGCUCCUUGCUUCGAGGUCCCGGCUUCCAGGAUCACAGUCCUGGAUUCACCGGCCUCGUUCUACAGAACCCUCAAGGACAAAAUACUUAAAGCCCAGAGACGCAUCUAUCUAUCUACAUUGUACAUAGGCAAGACGGAAUAUGACCUUAUCCAGACCUUGAACCAGGCUCUGCGUGACAAUCCCGACCUCAAAGUAUCGAUCCUGACGGACUGCUUGCGAGGCACGCGCGAAACGCCUAAUCCCUCAUGCGCCUCGCUUCUUUCUUCGCUGGUCGCAGAAUAUGGCGCAGAUCGAGUGGAAAUUCGCAUGUUUCAUACUCCAAACCUCACUGGAUUGAGGAAAAAAUGGGUUCCUCGUAGGAUCAACGAAGGCUGGGGUCUUCAGCAUAUGAAACUUUACGGUAUCGACGAUGAGAUUAUUCUUUCGGGAGCGAAUUUGUCCAGUGACUAUUUUACCAACCGCUUGGAUCGGUACCAUGUCUUUAGCUCCAAAGAGCUCACAGAGUACUAUGCUCGGAUCCACCAUGCGGUCUGCAAUCUCAGUUUCCAAGUCUUACCCGAUCCUCACAAUUCAUCCGGCUACCUGUUGGACUGGCCCAUUGCCAAUGGUACCCCUUCUCCUCUAGACAAUCCCGAAGAUUUCAUCGCGUAUUCUUCAACCGUCUUGAGCCCGCUCAUCCAGCCCUCCAGCAACUCCGCCCUCCAAGAGAAGACAUCAGGCCAAACAUUCGUCUACCCUGUGGCACAAUUCACGUCGUUGAUGAAGCCGGAUACCUCCACCGAGUUUCCCGCCGUCACCACUAUUCUGCGGUUACUUUCUACUUCCUCCGCUUUCGAGGGGGCCCGCUGGCUUUUCACCGCCGGCUAUUUCAACAUCCACCCUGUUCUUUCUUCCCUUCUGAUCGCAAGCACAUCCACUUCCGAAACCGCAUCGACCACCCGCGGCACCGUUCUGACGGCCUCCCCUUGGGCCAACGGGUUCUACGGCUCUUCCGGCAUCUCCGGCAUGCUUCCUGCCGCCUACACCCAUCUCUCGGCCCGGUUCCUCGACCGCGUUGCCGAAGCGCAGAGGACAAAUUCGAUCCAGCUCAAAGAAUGGCGCCGUGGAACAGUUGGCGAACCGGGUGGCUGGACCUAUCACGCCAAGGGGCUAUGGAUCACACUUCCGAAGGAAGAGCAUCCCAGUCUGACCUUUGUGGGGAGCAGCAAUUACACCAAGCGCAGCUAUAGUCUCGAUCUCGAGGUCGGAGCCCUAGUCGUUACAGGGGAUCAAGAGUUGAAGCGACAGCUGGGCGCAGAGACCGAGAGGCUACAGAAGGACUCGCAGGUCAUUGCCCGCGAUGAUCUGAGGAAGGUUGAACGCCGGGUCAGCUGGAAGGUCCGCCUGGCGAUGUGGAUUGUCGAGAAAGUGGGGGGCGCCUUAUAGUUGCCUUUCUUUCACGGCAGUAGUUUUGAUGGCGAUUAGUAUGGCGUGUUCCUUUUUUUUUUUCGAUAGAAU